UGUGAAAACAUCUGUAAAAUACAAUUUCCAGUAAACCAAAUGAUAUGUCUUUAAACAUAGAAAUUCAGUAUGAUGUAAAACCAUUUAAUGGCGUAAACAAAGUUUUUAAUGAAGCUCAGGAGAUAUUAAUAACCAAAAAAGAUGUUACAAAUGGAACACCAAAAUUUAAUGAAGAGCACGAAAAAUCACAAAGCGCAUCUAAAGAAAAAUGGGGAAAAGACAUUGAAUUUUUGUUAUCUUGUAUUGCUUUAUCAGUUGGAUUAGGAAAUGUGUGGAGAUUUCCAUUUACAGCACUAGAGAAUGGUGGCGGAGCUUUUAUUCUUCCUUAUAUAAUAGUUUUGAUAUUUGUUGGGAAACCUCUUUAUUAUAUGGAAUUAGUGCUAGGUCAGUUUUCAUCACGUGGAUGCAUAAAAGUUUACGACAUGUCACCUGCUAUGAGGGGAAUUGGGGUUGGUCAAGUCAUUUCAACAUGCUUUGUAACAACAUAUUAUGCAUCUCUGAUGGCUUUAACAAUACACUACUUUCUAGUUUCAUUUAAAGAUCCUUUACCAUGGAGUAUGUGUAAGGAAGAAUGGAAUGUAUCAUGCAUUGACAGCAGUUCAAUUAUCUCGAAUAUUUCCAGUAUGAAAAUCAAGUCAUCAACCGAAUUAUAUUUUAUAAAAGAUGUUUUAAGAGAAGAAAAUAUAACUGGUGGAGGAAUUGGUGUUCCCAAUUGGCAACUUUGUGCAUGCUUAAUAGUGACAUGGACUAUCAUAAGUUGCAUUCUGAUUAAAGGCAUUAAGAGUUCUGGAAAGGCUUCAUAUAUACUGGCAUCAUUCCCAUACUUUGUGAUGAUAAUUCUGCUUAUUCGAGCCUUGACACUCGAAGGUGCAAUGGAUGGAAUUAAAUAUUUAUUCACUCCACAGUGGGACAAAAUAUUGGAAGCUAAUGUUUGGUAUGCUGCCAUAACUCAAGUUUUUUAUUCUCUUGCUGUAUGUUUUGGUUCUAUUAUCAUGUAUUCGUCAUACAAUCGUUUCAAUCAAAAUAUUUAUAGAGAUGUCAACACAAUUACAAUAUUGGAUACUUGUACAUCGUUGCUUGCAGGGCUUAUAAUAUUUGGCAUUCUUGGUCAUUUAGCAUUUGUGAUGAAAGUAGAUAUCUCAGAAGUUACCAAAUCAAACAUAGCAUUGGCAUUUAUGGCGUAUCCAGAAACAAUAUCAAAAAUUGAUUUAUUUCCUCAGUUUUUUUCGGCCGUUUUCUUCGUCAUGCUUUUUAUUUUGGGAAUGGGUAGCAACAUAGGCAUGUGCGGAUGCAUCAUUACUGUCGUUAGAGAUAAGUUUCCACAAAUACCGUGUUGGAAAGUUGUGCUGACAAUUGCCGGGAUUGGGAUAGCAAUUGGAAGUUUAUAUACAACACCUUAUGGACAAUAUCUAAUUAACUUCCUAGACUUCUACGGUGCGUCAUUUGUGGCUUUAAUACUUUCUAUCGUUGAGUUACUAACAGUUAGUUGGAUUUAUGGAGUCGAUCGUUUUUGUGGUGAUAUCGAGUUCAUGCUGAAACGAAAAACAGGGUUGUACUGGAGAAUCUGCUGGGCCUUCAUCACACCAUUCAUGAUGAUUGGAAUUUUUUUAUAUUUCAUAGCAACGUGGCGAACAUUAACUUACCAAGGGAUUGAAUACAGCUCAAAAAUGCACAAGUUUGGAUGGUUCAUAUCAUUCUUCUGCUUGUCUCAUCUUAUAAUUAUAAUUUUUUACGAAAUAUUUAAGGAAAAAUGUAAACUUUCAAUCCAUAGCAUUGUGAAUGCAUUCAAACCUAGCUCCAGUUGGGGUCCACUUGAACCUGGAAAGUUGCAAGAGUAUAAAGAAUUUGUGAUGCUUCGAAAAGCUGACAUUAAAAAGCAGAGAAGUUUAUUUAAAAAAAUAAAACAAAACGUGUUUGGAAAAUAACUUAACUUCAAUGAAUUUUCCAUGAAUAUGUUUGAUUGUGACAAUUCUAGAAUAUUUAUAAGAUUUAUUUGUAAGUUUAACAGCAUUUAAAUCAUAUAAAUUCCAUUGAAAUAUGUAUAAAAAUGUAAAAUAACAGCAAAAUAAAUAAAUUUUAUUUUUUUUGUUUAUUCACACAAUAAAAAUUAAACAUCUUAUUAUGUGACGAUUGAUUAUGUAAAAGCAAUAUUAAUCAAUGC